AUGGCAGCCGCGGAAACUCCUGUUCCGGAGGUGCCAGCCGGGGAGACUCCUUCUCCGGAAAUGCUAGCCGCGGAAACUCGUUCUGCGGAAAUUCCAGCCGCGGAAACUCCUGCUUCGGAAAUGCCAUCAGCGGCGCGGAAACCAGCGGAAACGAUAGCAGCAGCAGCGGAGUCUGCGCAAGCCGAGGGGACGGGGGAACCUCGCGACGCGGCGGAAACCGGCGCCAUCGCGCUGCUUGCGGAAGCGCCGGCGACUCCGCCAGCUUUAGCAUUGGCGGAAACAUCCGCGACUGAGUUUCCGACGGAGACAGACAGAAUACAAAGUCAAGGAAGUACCAGUGACCCUGACGAUAAAGCUCAAGCUCGUAGUAACCUUGACGAUAAAGAUGAGGGUAGUUACCCUGGCGUCGAUCAAGGUCUAGGUCUAUCUCAGUCUGUUACCCUUGCCCCUAGUAGUCCAAGUAGUAACGUCGCGAUUCUCGCUCCGAAAGGGCCAAUCACAGACGCUCGCAACGGUCAAGACGCGGCGAACACGUCAGCGCGGCACCGCGAGCUGGUAGACGCUACGGGGCAGCUGCUGUUCCUCGCGAGCCGCGGUAUAAUCGAGGGGGUUAUAGACCUAUUGGAUCGCGGGGUGAGUCCGGAUUUGGCGGACUACGACGGGCGAACCGCGCUGCAUCUGGCGGCGAGCGAGGGGAAGGUGGAUGUGGUGCGGGUGCUGCUGGAGCGAGGCGCGGAUGUGAACCCCAAGGACCGGCAUGGCAACACGCCCCUGGCGGACGCGCAGUCGUAUGGAUCGGCGGAGAUCUGCCGCCUGCUCAAGGAGAAAGGGGGCAUGCUGUGUGAGAGUGCGCGCAUACGCAAUGCAGGGGCGAACUCGUUCAAUCAACACGACUACGAGAUCGAUGGCAGUGAGAUCGAUCUAGGCACCUCCAAGGUCAUAGGCGAGGGGUCGUUUGGGGAGGUGCGCCUGGCGAGUUGGAGGGGCACACCCAUCGCUGUCAAGGUGCUGCGAGACGAAUACGCUGCCGACCCUGCCGCCCUCAACGAGUUCAGGCAGGAGCUGCGAAUCCUGCAGUCGCUGCGCCACCCCAACAUUGUGCAGUUCCUGGGAGCAGUCACCAAGUCGCGCCCCGCGCAUGAUCGUCACAGAGUGAAUCUGAGGGACGUGAUUCGCAAGAAAGGUGCUCUGCCAGCCCAUGAAGCACUGCGAUACGCCCUUGACGUUGCCAGGGGCAUGUGCUAUCUGCACGCGCACCGGCCAGACCCAGUCAUUCACCGGGACUUGACGCCCAGCAAUCUCCUGAGGGACGAUUCAGGCCAUCUAAAGGUGGCGGAUUUUGGCCUGGCAAGCAUCCGAGCCACUGCUGCUGCUCCACCCACUCCCUCCAUGGGCACAGGGAUGGGCCUAGGCUCGGGCCUAGGCUCGGGCCUAGGCAUGGGCAUGGGGGGCACGAACAUUGUCUCUCUCUUCCAGCCCAACUUCUCUCGCCGGCUCACCUUUUCCAAAUACAGCCAUCGCCUCUAUUCUGCGCCUGAGUUGUUGGCACAGCAGGAAUACGACAAGAGUGUGGAUGUGUACUCGUUUGGAGUCAUUCUGUUUGAGAUGUUUGAAGGAUACGACCGGAUUCGGCAGUUGCUACCCGGAGGAACCAACCACGGUGGCAAUCUUUUCCCACUGGCACUUAGCGGCAGCGGUCACAGCUACACAGAUGGGGGAGCAGAGGGGGGGGCAGGGGGAAGCCACCACAGCGGAGGGGGGAGUUACCAUGGGGGGGGGAGCUUGAGGGGUGGGGGGUUUUUUAAGGGGGCAAGUGCGGUGGUGGGGAAUAGGGAGAGUGUUGGGAGUGGUAGUGGUGCUGCUGGUGCUGCUGGUGCUGCUGGUGGUGCUGGUGCUGCUGGUGCUGCUGCUGCUGGUGCUGAUGGAAGAGGGAGUGAGGGGGAGGCAGCACUGGAAGCAGCAAGGCCGUCUGACAUUGUUCCUAUAUUCACCAGACGAACCUACCCUGUGGGGAUGAAGGAGUUGAUAACAGAUUGCUGGAAUGGUGAUCCCGCAGCAAGGCCCUCCUUUGCACGCAUUAUAGAGAUACUGGAGCAGAUUCAAGAGGGGAUGAACCAAUCUGGCAAGAAGUCAAACGCCAAGGCAUCUGGCCCUGCAUGUUGUACAGUCUUUGUUUGA